AGCCCCGCCCCAUCCCUACAGGACCCCGCAGGGCCUCCCUGUGACGCCGCAGAGCCUCCCAGUGACCCCUGCCUAGCCCGCCGCAACCCCACAGGACCCCGCAGGGCCUCCCUGUGACGCCGCAGAGCCCGCCCCAACCCCACAGGACCCCGCCCCGCGGUGACCUGUAGAGCUCGCCCCGCCCCCACAGGACCCCGCAGAGUCUCCCAAUGACACGUAGAGCCCGUCCAGCCCCCACAGGACCACAGAGCCAGCCUCGCUGUCACCGGACCCUGCAGAGGCCCGUCCUGCCCCCAGAGGACCCCGCCCAGCUACUUGGUGACCCCCCAAAGCCACUCUGUACCCCCGCAGGACACCGCAGAGCCACUCUGUUCCCUCUAGAACCCCCUGCCAGUCUCUUUGUACCUCCACAGGACCCCACCAAACCUCUACAUCCCCACAGGACCGCCCUUCAUAGGACCCCGCUGAACCUCUCAGUACCUCCAUACAGUACCUCCAUAGGACCCUGCUCCUCCAUUCCAGGACCCCACAGCCCAGUCUCAGGGCCUCACCUCCCCAGUUAUUCCCGCUUUUACGGUUUUGGGACCCACUGGGCCUACUCCUCCCCUCUCCAACAUGCAUCUUGUUCUCUCCUCCUGUGUCCCUCCCUCUCAGCACAGACCCCCAGGGGGUGGAGACUGAGGCCUGAGCCUUGGGUGUGGUGAAGCCAGGUCAAGGAGCAAGAUGGUGGAGGGUUGGUGCUAGGAGCCAGGGCUGGAGACAACAGACAGCGGAGGCUUCUGACUGGGAUGCUGAUGUGGAGGGCAGUGGCCACAGGAGUAGUGAGGAGCAUGUUGCUCACAGGGGCCAGCCAUCGGGCAACAGUCUGGUUAGUGGCUGGAAGGUGGCCUAACUUGCUGCCUGCCAUCUACCAAGGGGCCCUGGGAGCCUUGGGGACCCUACCCCACCUGAUCCUGAUCCUUCCCCUAGAGCCUCAGAGGUGAAGACCCACAGCCUGCUGAGGGUCAAGAUGGACAGCAAGCAGCUGUGGGCACAGCAGUCACAGCCCACUCAAGAGCAUAGGCAGCCCUUUCCCCCUGGGGGCCAGUCUAGGACCAGGGGCCAACCGGGUGCCCAGAGCAGUAACCAGCACGGAUUGCAAACGCAGGACUGGGUGUGUGAGCCACAGGAGCACAGGCGCCCACGCCGCCAUUGGAGCAUCAGCAUUGAUGAGCGCCGGCGGCUGGCCAUGCUGGGCACCCCCUCCCAAGACAGGGACAUCACGCAGAUGGUGGCAGAGCUGGUGUCUGAGGAUGUGGACAAGGAUGUGCUCCUCGCACAGCCACCCAGGUCUGCUGAGUCCACUAAUGCCUUCUACGACUUCCUGGCCAGGAGCACGCCCUUCUGGCAGAGUGCGACUUUGAAGAGUCAAGCCUCGGGGUCUCCCGGCUCCUAGGAGCUCUCGGACCUCAGCUUUCCAGAGCUUCUCCGUGGGGAGGUUUUGGGGGAGACCUCUGUGUCCUUGUGUCUCACCAGGGAGAAAACAGGCCUCAAAGUACUGCCUGCCUGGGGCUGCUGGGAGGUGUGGCAGCUGCCAGGGAGGGGUCCUGCCCCAGCCUCCACCACCUGGAAGGUGAGGGGCAGAGGGUCCUGCCGGCAGAUGGAGGCCUACCUUACGCUGUCAGGAGGAAGUUCUGGGGCACCUGGGUGCCAGGUGCCCCACCCUGGGGCUGACAGCACCUCUGGAGCCUUGGUCCUGCCUUUGAAGGCCCAGACAGGAUUCCAGGACCCAGCAGUGAUGUGGGGUGGGGGUGGGGCAGCUGGGUGAGGCACACAGAGGGAGGUUUCCUGAGGAAGAGAGCUCCCAGCUCUGGAAGUGUACCUGGAGGUGGACUAGGGUGCAUAGAGGGUCUGGGGUGGCCUUGAGAAGCUGGCUGGACAAGUGGCCCCAGGCCUUAGGCUGGAGCCAUAACUGCCUGGUCUCAAGGCGUGGGACUGCAGAAGGGUUCUGAGCCAGGGUGACAAUCCAGGCUGCAUUUUGAGGCGAUGGAGCUGGAGGGGCCUGGGGGUGGGAGACAGGGAAAGGAGGGAGGGUUCCCAGCCCUGCUGGCUGGCAGGAUGAAGUGUGAGGAGGUGGCCCUGGACUCAGUGACCGACUUAGGGGUUGCUUGGGCUUCUGCGGGGGCAGGACUGGUGAGGGGCUUUGGGUUGAGAGGAGGUGACAGCCACCUGGACCGUGCACACAUUGGCAAACAGGCAGUGCUGUCCCAGAGCCCAGGCUGAGGUGCAGAUCUGGCCAUAUGGUGCCUGCUGCCCUUCAACAUUCCUCCUGCUUCUCUGCCUCCCUCACUGUAAGACGCAGUGAAAGUUCCUCUUCCUUCAGGAAGCCUACCUACAUCACCCAGCUGGGCACUCCCUUUCCAGUUCAAUGUAAUUUUGUCCCAUCUGUUUGUCAGGAUCCCCAGGGUGGGUGGAGGGCAGGCCAUGGAGCCACAGGGACUGGUGGAGGGGAUCUAAGAGGUGGGGUUCAGACAGGGUCCUGGGGAAGGGGAACAUCACAAUCCCUCCCCCUCCUGAGGCCCCUGACAAAGAUGUGGGAGUUGGGGUGCUCUGGGCCAGGGAAACACACAAGAGUCAUCCCAGGGCAGAGUGGGAGCUAAGUGCCAACGGUCACCACAGAGGUCGCCUGCUGUGUAGUUCUGAGUGACUUUAAAAGAUUCCGUGUUAUUUUCACUCAUGGCUGGGGGCUGACUGGGCUCAUCCUACCAAUUCUGGUCUCACCUGGGGAGUCUCCUGAGGCUGCAGCCAGGUGAGAUGCUGACUUCAUAGGGUUCCUGCAGAGCUCCUACCCACCACAGCAGCAUAAGCUGAAGUCUUGGGGUCGGGGCUGAGCUGACCCAUGUGGGUUCAUCUGCCACCUCCUAGUGGUUGACAUGGCCACAGAGCCAGCCCUGUUCAGUGGAAAUGAGACCCAUCUCACAGUGGGGAUCAGCGUUGAGUGCACGCCCUCUCCAGGACAGUGAGGUGCCAGGAAAGAUGGCAGUGCCUGGGGCAGUGUGUUUACCACACCUGGGAAGAAGAGGCCAUGUAUCAGUUUCCUACUGCUGCUGUAACAGAUUAUCAUAGAUGAGUGUUUUAUGGUGCAUGCCUGUAAUCCCAGCAACUAGGGAGGCUGAGGCAGGAGGAUCUCAAGUUCCAGGCCAGCCUCACCAAUUUAGGCACCAAGAAACUUAGCAAGACACUCAGAAAGUAAAAGGGCUGGGGAUGUGGCUCAGUGGUUAAGCACCCCUGGGUUCAAUCCCUGGUGUGUCUCUGUCUCUCUCUCUCACACAACACAAAGACAGGACAUGGGCCUUUAGGAAGGGGAGCCUGAUGUCUCCCUCAGGGUACCACCAGAGUACCCAUUGGGCAGAGGCCAGGGUGCUGCUUGAGGUUUGCCAGUGCACAGGGGUGGCCCGGCUGGGAAAUCCAGGAAUAGAGGAGGGUCUGGGGAGUCAGGGGCUCACUUGAGAGAGACCUACCUUGG